AUGCAUCAUCGAAAGCAACGCAACGGAACGGGAACGACAACAACACAGACUGGUCGAUCACCUCGAGCCGAAAGUGAUACCUUAGGCAAGCUACGAUUCCUGAAGAAACCACUUUGCCUACAAUACAUGCUCAGCUCACAGUGCGCACGUCGACAUCAGUUCUACAAAUCUAAGCCAAAAGAGCAAUCUCUUCUGGUAGUCAUAGUCGUAUGUUUGGUACGACUUGCAUACUGGAUUGACAGUUUUGUUACGGAACGAGCUGUGGCAUUUCUUAACGGCUCCUGCAACGGAGCUCGACUACAUGUG